AUGACCCUGCCAAAUUUCUUCGACUUCACCAUUAGCACCGCAACCAUUUCUGCUCAUGUUUUACUCAUGCGGGCGAUCCACAAGCUGCAGACCUGUGUGCAGCCUGGAGGAAUACCUCGGAGGCAAGAUGACGGUUCUCCCCAACCGUCCGAAACGACCGAGGCGUUUAUUCGCAGCGCUGUUAUCCGAUUCACCGCUUGGGUGACAGGAUUGAAUGCGAAUGCUCAGAAACGCCACGAUCGCCACGACCUUACCGUAGCCCAGAUGGACGUGCCUCCCCUCGACGUCUUGAUGGUGUGGCAUGCGUACAUGUUGUCACCGGUGACCUACGAGAAGGAUUCACUAUCUGAUGCUGGAUUACAGCUCCUGACCCAUAUGCCGCUGGAUAGAAUUGCAGCACUUGUCGACGAAAUUUCGUAUGAUUUCGUUCCAUCGGUAGAACAGAGUCUGGCUUGGAGGGAUUUAACCGGAAUGCCCUUCGACUGCCUGACGGCGGACCAUUACGACCACGAUGCAAUUCCUCAAAUUUCAUCUAUCGACCUCGUCCAAGCGGUGAUAAAACAGUCAAGUUCAAUCGGUCGCAUGGUCCAGGAAGCUUCGGUUUAUGAAGAGAACAGUUUACUAUGGAGCCAGGCAACCAACCGAUAUAUCCGAUUCAUGUGUCUUCCACUCGGGAAUUAUGUGCCGCCGGUCGAUGUCGACAUUAUCUGGCACACGCAUCAACUCAAAGGUUUGCAAUAUAGGGAAGACUGCAUGAAAUACUUUGGUAGGGUCAUCAAUCAUGAUGAUUCCCAACCUACUGCCGUCAUCAAGAAAGGCCACCAAAUGAUGAACGAGAAAGCUAGCCUCCUGUUCGACAACGAGGAAACCCGAAUCUCGGUGUUCGCCGUGUUCACGUCGACGCCAGCCAGAAAUAGCAACUCAAAUCGGGGCGACGACAGAGGGGAGGAUGGGGAUGGCUCCGAAGGGGAAAAAACUACAUGUGGUCCGCCGGAUGGCUGCAUUCGCUCCUGA